UUUGGGCAAGUGUCUCUGUUUCUGAGAAGUACCGCUUUUGUUUUGGAUAGUGAUUUGGACUGCGACCAGUCUUCCGCUUUCUUCGUCAAUGCUUGUCAAGAUCUCAACCUUGCGCGCUUUCUCGUCCCUCGUCUCGAGCCGCGCUGCUGCUGCUGCCGCCACCACCACUGCGACGGCGACUGCGACCAGCAAACCAGGCUACGACCACGCCCGAGGACCCUUCCAGUCGUCCAAGGCGCGCGACGGACAGAGCAUCUACUCGUACGACAACAAGGGCGAUGCUUACCAGACGCAGCUCUUCUUCCAGUACACCCCGUAUUCAUACUUUGACGUUGAGCGAGAUGUCGGUCCUCACCGCAUCCCGCAGCCCGUGCCGCCAAAGCACUAGAGACAUCAACCAUGGGAUGAUUCGGAUUGUAUUAGCGCGUCAGAUGGUGGUCUGCAGCAAACCAAAAGCCGUGACAAUACAUGCUUUUGUUUUUUUUCCCCGGCUUUCUUAACAACUACUACAAAGCAGAGCAGGA